AUGCAAGUCGACUCCAGUGGAGGAAUAGCUUACACGAUAGAUAUUUACGUUGGCGAAGGAAAAGUGGCGGUUCCGGUUUUAGUAGAUACUGGGAGCGCCGAUAUAUGGGUUUCCGCUAGUCCCUGCAAGAAUUGCACUGAUGCAAAGAUGGUCGAUACCAAAAUCACUAGUACUGAUGGCUGUAAACUCGUGAGUAAGGGAUAUGGGAGUGGAUCCGUGGAUGGCUGUCUUGUCUCUACAGAUGUCUCACUUGGUCGGUACUCCCUCAGCAAUUAUCCAAUACUAGCUGCACGAGACAUGCGCGGAUUCGAUGGCAAAUAUAUGAGUGGUAUACUAGGUCUAGCCAUGAGAAAUAUGGCUCUUAGUAAUCAAUCUCCAAUCGAUCUCCUUUUUUCCAGCGGUAUCAUAUCUAGCGCUGAAGUAGGUUUCUAUCUAGCUAGAGACGGUGAUGAAAGUGAGCUGGUUCUAGGUAAUCCUCAUGAUAGCCACCAUGCCGAUCAAACAAAGAAAGUGCAGCUAUCUAAGAAAGGUUCGGAUGGCCUUUACCGUGUCAACCUGGAAAGUUUCGUAUCUCACGGGCAACCCAUUAAUUCAGAAGGUGCGAACUUGCAAAGCAUAGAGGUGAUCAUUGAUACCGGAACGACAAACAUUCUCUUACCUGAACAUAUGCUCGAACCUAUUUACAAUGCGCUGAAAGGUCACAAGGAUGUCAACCAGAAUUACUGGGUGGCACCUUGCAAACGACCCAACGAUGCUAAUGAACUUCUAGGACUAAAUUUCGGAGGUACCGUCUUUAAUUUGAAAUGGGAGGAUCUUGUAAUUGCGUCUAGCUCUUCAAAGUCUCAAUACUGCCCUUUAAGGAUACAGAAUACCCCGGCUGACGAUUACCUUCUAAUCGGUUCGGCCUUCCUUCAUAACGUUUAUCAUGUAGUCAAUGUCGAUUCCGGCGAGAUCACGUUUUAUGGGUUGACGGAUGCCUAA